AUGUCCUCCAGAGAAGCUUCGCCUGAGCACAAAGAAGCAACAGAGUAUGAACCCACUACAUUCAAGGAGCUCGGAAUAAUUGAUCCGAUAUGUGAUGCGUGUGAGAAACUAAACUUUACCAAGCCAACGGCGAUCCAAGCCAAAGCAAUCCCCGAAGCGCUGGACGGAAAAGACGUCAUUGGUCUGGCACAAACGGGUAGCGGCAAGACGGCGGCGUUCAGCAUUCCGAUCCUGCAAGCGUUGUGGGAUAAUCCACGCCCAUUGUUUGCGUGCAUCCUUGCUCCCACCCGUGAACUGUCUUACCAAAUUGCGCAACAGAUCGAGGCACUCGGCGCGACAAUCGGCGCUCGGUGUGCGACGAUUGUCGGUGGUAUGGACAUGAUGACACAGGCAAUUGCGCUUUCAAAGCGCCCUCAUGUCAUAGUUGCGACACCGGGACGCUUGCAGGAUCAUUUGGAAAACACAAAAGGAUUCAGCCUGCGUGGUUUAAAGUACUUGGUCAUGGACGAGGCCGACCGACUGCUCGACCUCGACUUUGGUCCGAUUAUUGACAAGCUUCUACAAAACAUUCCCAAGGAGCGUACCACGAUGCUUUUCAGCGCGACGAUGACUACCAAGGUUGCCAAGCUCCAGCGGGCGAGCCUACGCAGCCCUGUGCGUGUGGAAAUUGGCACCAAAUAUUCCACCGUGUCUACACUGCACCAAUACUAUGUGUUUAUGCCUUUCGCGCACAAAGACACGUACUUAGUGCAUCUUGCAAACGAACAGGCGGGCCAUUCGAUCAUUGUCUUUACACGUACGGUGCAUGAUGCGCAACGCCUCGCGGUCAUGCUGCGUCUGCUUGGCUUCUCGGCGAUUCCAUUACAUGGACAGCUCUCGCAAACGGCACGCCUCGGCGCAUUGAACAAGUUCAAGUCCGGCGGAAGGGAUAUCAUGGUAUGCACUGACGUCGCUGCGCGUGGGUUAGAUAUUCCGGCAGUCGACUUGGUCAUAAACUUUGAUAUCCCCACGCACUCCAAAGACUAUAUCCAUCGCGUUGGACGAACCGCGCGUGCAGGACGGCAGGGACGCAGUGUAACACUGGUGACGCAGUACGAUAUCGAGCUUCUGCAGCGGAUUGAGACGGCGAUUGGCAAGCGCUUGGAAGAGUUCCCGGGCGCAAGCGACCGCGACAUGGUCAUGCUCUUGUCCGAACGCGUUGGCGAUGCACAAAGGGCCGCCGUCCGCGAGAUGCAAGAGACGGGGAUUGGCGGCGCUGGUGGUGCAGGGAAACGGAAGCGGAGACAGGCAGCGAGUCUGGAAGAUGAGCGCGAUCGUGACGACGAUGUAGUAGAAGCCGGCUCUUACCGUAGCAAAGCCAAGUCGGGACGUGGCAAGCGUAAAACGAGAUAG